AUGAGCAGACGCAACAAAAGCAGGCUCGUUGUAGACCUGGAUGACGAGGUUGAGUUUGUGACCAAGGUAGCUAAGCAGACCACUAGGGGAGUACGCUAUGUGGACGUACCUUUGCCCAUGCCCACGGGUUCAAACGUGCCAUCACCUUCCAAAAGUCCAUCGAAGGCUCCAGCUUCAGGCUCCUUGUUUAACUUGGAUGAUGGCGACGUCCUGGGCAACAUAGGUGUGCCGAUUCAGCUGGAUCCGGCGGCUCGGAAGACAAAGACCCAGAAUGACCUCAUGAGGGACUGGAUACCCCACCGUGAUGACUAUCUUCAUGCCAUUGUCGAGAUGGAAGCCCCGCCUGAGCCCAGAAACUGUGCAGAAUGCAAGGUUGGCGAGGGACGGUGGCGAUGCCUGGACUGUAUGGGCAGACCGCUCACCUGUACCGACUGCUGUCGUAACGGCCAUCAGCGUGCUCCUUUCCAUCGGAUAGAGCAUUGGCAGGGUCAGUAUUUUGAGCCGGCAUCACUGUAUCAGGUUGGCGUCUGCAUCCAUUUGGGGCAUGGCGGAGAUCCCUGCCCUCUGGGCGCCUUCACAGCACAUAACAACCCUGCGCCGGUGGUGGCCCCGGGGUCCAAUUUCUGGAAUGCCUCCAAUGAAGACCUAAAUGCACAUGAUGGCGAGGUCUCAGAUGAUGGCGAGGUCCCAUUCAACUUUGCACCUCUGGCAGGCACCCUUGACGGUGAAGCAAGGCAAACCGAUGAUGCUCCCGAUCCCACUUGGGAGGAAGAUGUGCCACCGGUGCUCUCCCGGCCACCUCGCCGUGAUAGUUACGGGAAUUGGAUCAUAGUCAUUGUCGACAUCUCUGGCGUUCACCAUAUCGGCGUUGACUGGUGCCAGUGUGAGAUGGCAGUGGAGCGUGACAUGCAGCUUCUUCAAAUGGGACUUUACCCUGGUACCGUCAAGGAUCCCCAUACCGCCUUCACAUUCGCCGUCCUCGACGAUUUCCUUCUGGAGAACAAAGAGUGCAAGACGGCGGCAUUGAACUACUACAGCAAGCUCAAACGGGUCACGAGCAAUGCCUUCCCUGGCACCGUUCCCGACCGUUAUCGUGAGCUGAUGUGGGUGUCCCGCCAAUGGCACCAAUUCAAAUAUCGCAAGUGGCACGGCUUCUCACACGAUACCCUCCGUCCUGUGGAGAAGGGUGGCCUCACCAUCUUUUGUCCCGCCUGUCCCCAGCCUGGGCUCAACCUGCCUUUUGAUUGGCAAGCGGAUCCAGUGCAGUGGAAGUUCAAAUGCGACUUUGUCAUGGAUGGCAAUUUCAGUGCAGAGCACAUGAAGAUGAAGCACCCCGAGGAGGACGUCGCCCUCAGUGACGGCCAGGCAUUCAUGGUCGGCCAAGAGGAUUACAAGGCUCAUCUGGCGGUGGCCAUGGAGUCGCAUCAGCGCUCCACUUGUCAUGAGCACCGCGCUGUCAAUCAGGCCAAUGUGGAUCGCACCAACCUCGACGCCACAGGAAUCGGGGCCACUGCUUGCGCCAGACAUGGUUUCUUUGUCCCUCAUACUGUCGUCGAUUUCCAGAAGGGAGAAAGACAAAUGAAUAUGGAUUACUCUCUCAGCAAUGCGCUCCUGACCCUCACCGGUAUCACCCUCGUCCUCGUCAUGUACGACAUCAUGUGCCAGUAUGGCGUCCAUGUCCGCAAACGUUUCCGCCACAGCGCCUAUCUGAGGAUGCCCUUCGAGCUCAAGGUAGACCAAGGCAUCGGCUUGUUUCAUGUGCACGGACACCAAGAUUGCUGCUUCCAAUGGUUCUCACCCAACUUUAUAGUUGGCGCUGGUAUGGUCGAUGGCGAGGUCAUCGAGACCCUGUGGGCACCGACAAAUGAGGUCUCAGGCAGUACCAGGGGCAUGACCCGAGCUCACCGCCAAGAAGUCCUUGACGAUCACAUGAAUGACUCCAACUGGAAGAAGACGACUCGCAUGGUGCCAACCUUGAUGACAAAGUGGAAACGCGUGCUCCUGGGCUUCCCAAGAAGCAAGGAGUCCUUUGAAGCUUUAUCUGCAUCCACAGAUGAGGAGGUCCUUGAGGCAUGGCAGAAGGAGUACAACGACGCUAUGGAGGCUCGCCAAAAUGAUCCGAAGAUUAUGGACACCUUCGAUGUCCAGCUCAGGAAGGCCCCGGGUAAAGACCUCACCCAACUCAGACUGGCGGGCGAGGAGUCCGCCAAGGGCUUGGAGAAGGGCAUCGCCGGAUGGUUGUCGACUGGCCUCAAAAUUCAAGAAGCACAGCUUAAGCUUGCGAAUGAUAUCCACAAGGCGGGUCAAAAUCCGAGCGUGGCGGAGGACCUCAAGACUCUCGAGUGCCGUCAGCGCCUCGAAGUCAGCAUUCUCACAUUCCAACGUCGCUCUGAGAAGUUCAUGGGAAGGUUGGAGGACGUUCCCGCCAUGGAAGAUCGUGACGAUGGUGCGCUCUGGGAUUCCUUGGAUGAGAAUCCUUUUCAAAUACACCCGGAGGACGCUGAGUAUGGUGAGGAUGCGAUUCCACCCGAGCAAGCUUCCUUGAAUUUACCUUCGCAGAUCAGAUUCGUGGCCGCCAUCGCCAACGGGCUCCAGACCCUGGCGGCCCAAGAGUUGGAGUUGCGCAAAGGCCUGAUGAAUGACAUCCUCCACGAGCUUCGCAUGGCGCUUGGACUGAAGUCUUACCUCUACCGCAAGAGGGUUUGUCCUGCCAACAGCGUCGGAACCAUGACCCGUGCACAGGCGGAGGUUCAUGCUGCCGAUCAGACCGUCUUGGCCUGCGCCAGGCUCUAUUCCGCCAACCGACGCGCCAUUAUGUGCUUGGACGCCACCGAUGAAGACUUGGCCCUCUAUCGCCCUUUGGAUAAGAAGGAUCUGCACGUGAAGACUGCCGUCAUCGAGGCUAGCACCUCUGGGCUCAGGAACGUCAACCUGGCUUGGUUCUGGACCAUGGAUGUCGCUGGAGAUCGAGGUUCAUUAGAAUGGAUGGACGAGUUCUAUAGAGUGAAUUGGCUGCGUGCCAGAGCUCGAUAUGAGAGAUGGAGGGAGGAGCGUGUCUUGGUCCACUCCGAAAUGGCCUGGACCAUAGCCACCUUCAAGCGGAAUGUGGAACGAUGGGCUCACUGGCUCGAGAUGAUGGAUCCUUCCUGGCGGGGUCAUGUUUGCUAUGCCGCCAGGCAAUCUUCAACAUCAGAUGCGCGCCCCUGCCUGUUCUCCAGAGGGAGGUUGCAGUUGGAAGUCUACACUUGGAGGAUCCAAGAAGCUGUUCUGGCACUGGAGCCUGACCCAGAUCACUUCACCAAGGUCCGUUGGGAGGAAGGCUUGCGCCGGGAGAUGUUCGCCGUCAGGGGUAUCUGUGGCGACCUCGCGUUGGCGGGUCAUGCUGACCAUAUUGACCAUGGCGGAGUUAUCGCCAGUGUCCUCACCGUCUGCACUUUCAAUCGCGAAGUUCUGCGCCCCAUCAGCAUUGACGUCAAGGCGAUUCCACGCCCCACCACCCUCGUUCCUCGUCCUAAGAACCUACUCGAGGAUUCACCCGACUACUGGUGGAAAUGGGAUCGUCAGGUUGGGCCGGCGGGGAGCCCUAUGGAGGCCUGGUGGUACAAACUUGGUGAUCCCUGGGAGAAGGUGUACACCGUCUCCGAGUCUACACUGGUGCAGCUUGAACAGCUGCAUGUUCGCGUCGCGAACCUCACUAGUUGGUUGCACGAGAGGACAGAUCAGAACCUGGAUGUGGUGCUGGAAGAGCUGCAGGAGGCAACGCGGCAGCUGCGUGAGUUAGGAAUGUAA